AUGGAAUGGGAAGGAAUGACAGUGAAGGUCGACGACCGCUACUUACAUCAUCUCCGCUUUGCAGACGACGUCGUGUUCAUAACACCGAACAUCGAGCAGACGGAACGACUGUUGGCCGAGUUUGACAGUGCUUCUGGAAAGAUCGGCUUACAGCUGAACCUAACGAAGAUGAUGCUCACGAGAAAAGGAAUAAAUCCUGGUGAUCGUUUUACGCUGAACGGAGCGAAUACCUCUGAAUGCUUUAGCUACAAAUAA